AUGCCCCCCUCGCACACGCUUUUGAAUCGACGUGGCCAACAGUUCAGUUCUAGGAUGCAUGUAGGGGCGAAACGAAAGCGAGUUGAGGACAACGCUUCUCCAGUUAGCAGUUUGUACCGUCCUUUGUGCCGUGGACUAUCCACAAGAGGAUCGGGAGCUUCCGCUGUUAGUUGCCCCUCCGUCGUUGUUAUACUCGAAAAAGCUGGACUACUGCUUGGGCGCGAGGGCGUUGUGGACGCGUACGAUCGCGCGGGGUCAACUACCAUUGCGAAUGCUUCACUGCGCGACGUGCGACCAGAUAUCGUUCAUCAAUGUCUUCUCGCUCUGUUUGACUCUGGCCUUGCCCAAGAGCAACGCCAGUUACGCGUGUUCAUCAACCUAUUUUCCCGUGGAGGCCGCACUGUUGAGGUUUCCCCUUCACUGCGUCCACCACGUACGCUUCGCAGGUUCAAGGGUCUCGUGGCGGCGCUAUUACGCGAUGGUGUAGUCCGGUCGCAAGAUGGCGAAGUUUUGCUUCAAGUACUCCCUGGCUCGCUUGCCCCAGUUCUUCCGUAUGGCGCAGAAGUAAUUGGACUUACCAACGCCCAUAGUGCGCCUGUUCGCACCCCCACGCAGUUGGCUCGCGCAGCUCUGGAAAACCCCGUGGAUGACAAGCUGCAGGGUGGCUUGAAGGGAGUCGCGGGCUUUUUCUGCAUUUGUUGCUCUGAGGAUGGAAGUCUCGAUGGGGUGGAUUAUGUCACGCAGCAGGUUUGUCUCAGCGCCUACCCGAUGACAGCACAUGUCAUGUGCUCCCGCCUUUGUGAAGGAUUCUCGCGUGCAGCAGCCACCGGCAAUCGUUAA